AUGGAUGAACUUCGACAAGCUCAAGAAGAAAAAUUUCAAGAAGCGCUAGAUAUGGGCGAGAUUGAAACUUGUAAGGGCUUGAAUCAAGAAUUUGGUCUUGCUAGAGUUGGUAAUACUCGUUGGGAUUUACACUAUAAAUCGUUUAAGAACUUUAUUAGUAUGUUUGGUUGUAUUACUGAUGUCCUUGAUACUAUUAUUGUUGGUUCUGAAUCUGUUGAAGAAAAAGCUAGGGCAACAGGAUAUCUCAGAACUUAUCAAAUGUUUGAGGUUGUUUUCAUAUUUCACUUAAUGAGAGAUAUUUUAGCAAUCACAAAUGAGCUUAUUGAAUCCUUACAGAAGAAAGAACAAGAUAUUGCAAAUAUUGUUCUACUUGUUAAAGUGGUGAAAAAUGAUUGCAAGAUUUACGGGAUGAAGGAUAGGAUCCACUUAUCAAAAAUGUGUCUGCAUUUUGUGUCAGAACUCAAUGAUCGUUUUAAUGAGGUGAGAACAGAUUUGCUUAUUGGGGUUGCUUGCUUGAAUCCUGUUGACUCGUUUUCUAAUUUUGACAUAAACAAAAUAUUGAGAAUGACUGAAUUAUAUCCUGAUGACUUUGGUAAAAAUAUAAUAGUUACUCUCAAGAAUCAGCUAGAGACUUAUAUUUUUGAUGUUCGUGAUGUUGAUGAAAGUUUGCAUUGCUCCUGCCGGUUACCACUGCUACAGUUGAAAGAGCCUUUUCGGCAAUGA